AUGGCGGCGACAGACUUUGGAAAUCCGCUUCGAAAGUUCAAACUCGUGUUUUUGGGAGAGCAAAGUGUUGGAAAGACCUCUCUUAUCACCAGAUUUAUGUACGACUCUUUCGACAAUACCUAUCAAGCGACAAUCGGAAUCGACUUCUUGUCGAAGACUAUGUACUUGGAGGAUAGAACGGUGCGACUGCAAUUGUGGGAUACGGCCGGGCAGGAACGAUUCAGAUCUCUGAUUCCAAGUUAUAUUCGAGAUUCAACUGUGGCCGUUGUCGUGUACGAUGUGACAAAUAUCAACAGCUUCAACCAGACGAACAAGUGGAUCGACGAUGUACGCACAGAACGAGGAACCGACGUUAUUAUUGUUCUCGUUGGUAAUAAAACCGAUUUGGCGGACAAAAGACAGGUCUCAAUCGACGAAGGCGAGCGAAAAGCCAAAGAACUUAAUGUUAUGUUCAUCGAGACAAGUGCCAAAACCGGAUACAACGUAAAGCAGCUCUUCAGACGCGUCGCCGCUGCCCUUCCAGGAAUGGAGCCCAAAGAACAAACCGCCGCAGACAGUGGCAUGCAAGAUAUUCGACUCAAGCCUUUACCGAAUCCAGAGAAUCCCCCUGGAGAAGGCAACUGUUCCUGCUAA